AAUCUUCUCGCUCAGUCUGACCGUAACCGCAGUAUAGAUUUAGAUACCCCUGGUAAACAUGGCGUCAGCUUUGGAGUCGAUGGUUGUUGAUGAUAAACAAUUGCCUGAAAAACCAGUGGACAGAGAAAAGACAUGUCCACUACUUUUACGAGUAUUCUGCAACACCGGUCGCCACCACAACAUAAUGGACUACAGUCGUGGAAAUGUUCCAUCAAAUGAGCUACAAAUUUACACGUGGAUGGACGCUACUCUCCGAGAAAUAACCGGUUUAGUUAAGGAAGUUAAUCCUGAUGCCAGGAGUAAGGGAACGUAUUUUGAUUUUUCACUUGUUACUCCGGAAUUGAGGAACUCUGGGUAUAGAAUGAGGGAGAUUGGAGUCACAUGUUCUGGACAGAAAGGAGCUGAUGAUAAUAAAACAUUGGCUCAAGCAAGGUUUACGAUCGGCGAUUACCUGGACAUUUCCAUCACUCCCCCAAACAGAAUGCAGCCAGCAAUUAGACGAGGCGGUCCUCGCCAAUACUGAAAAAUCCCUCAAUUUUUUAUAAACUCCCAACGUCCAAGAGAAAAACAGUGAAAAUUUACUCAUAAAUCACACAAUUCUUUAUUUGUAAACGCAAUGAAAAAAAUUUAUAUACAAAAGAUCACAUUAAAUAACGCAUUUUAAACCGGAA